AUGGCGUCCGCUAAUGCUCUCUCUUCCGCCUCCGUCCUCUGCUCUUCACGACAGGGAAAGCUAAGUGGGGGAAAUCAGCAGAAAGGUCAAAGAGUAAGCUACAGGAAAGCAAACAGACGUUUCAGUGUUAGAGCAAAUGUUAAGGAAAUCGCUUUUGACCAGAGCUCAAGAGCUGCUCUUCAAGCUGGUAUUGACAAGCUUGCUGAUUGUGUUGGUCUCACUCUCGGCCCAAGAGGAAGGAAUGUUGUGUUGGAUGAAUUUGGAAGCCCCAAGGUGGUGAAUGAUGGAGUCACUAUUGCAAGAGCUAUUGAGCUACCUGACGCCAUGGAAAAUGCUGGUGCGGCGCUUAUCCGUGAGGUUGCGAGUAAGACUAAUGACUCGGCUGGUGAUGGGACAACCACUGCGUCUAUCCUUGCUCGGGAAAUCAUCAAACAUGGACUAUUGAGUGUCACUUCUGGUGCGAAUCCCGUUUCGCUCAAGAGAGGGAUUGAUAAAACUGUUCAGGGUUUAAUAGAAGAGCUUGAGAAGAAAGCUAGACCUGUUAAAGGUCGUAAUGACAUCCAAGCCGUGGCUACAAUCUCUGCUGGAAAUGAUGAGCUUGUGGGAACAAUGAUUGCUGAUGCCAUUGACAAAGUUGGACCUGAUGGGGUUUUGUCCAUUGAAUCUUCAUCUUCUUUUGAGACCACUGUCGAAGUUGAAGAAGGAAUGGAGAUUGACAGAGGUUACAUCUCACCUCAGUUUGUUACAAACCCUGAGAAACUUCUGGUUGAGUUUGAGAAUGCUCGGGUGUUGAUCACUGAUCAGAAGAUCACUGCAAUCAAAGACAUCAUCCCCAUCUUGGAGAAGACCACUCAGCUUCGAGCUCCAUUGUUGAUUAUCGCAGAGGAUGUUACAGGGGAGGCCUUGGCAACUCUUGUUGUGAACAAACUCCGUGGUGUCCUCAAUGUUGUCGCCGUUAAAGCUCCUGGAUUCGGAGAAAGAAGAAAAGCUAUGCUUCAAGAUAUCGCAAUCUUGACAGGAGCUGAGUACCAAGCCCUUGACAUGGGCUUGUUGGUCGAAAACACAACCAUAGAGCAAUUAGGUAUUGCAAGAAAGGUCACAAUCAGCAAAGACUCGACUACACUUAUUGCAGAUGCAGCUUCCAAGGAUGAGUUACAAGCUAGGAUCUCCCAGCUAAAGAAAGAACUAUUCGAGACGGACUCUGUGUAUGACUCGGAGAAGCUCGCUGAGAGAAUUGCUAAACUAUCUGGUGGUGUUGCUGUCAUUAAAGUCGGAGCAGCAACCGAGACUGAGCUUGAAGACCGUAAGCUUCGUAUCGAGGAUGCAAAGAACGCCACUUUCGCUGCUAUCGAGGAAGGUAUAGUUCCUGGUGGUGGUGCUGCUUUGGUGCAUCUCUCAACUGUUAUUCCCGCCAUUAAGGCCACGUUUGAAGAUGCUGAUGAACGUCUUGGAGCUGAUAUAGUACAGAAGGCAUUGGUGGCACCAGCUGCACUUAUUGCGCAGAACGCUGGGAUUGAAGGAGAAGUUGUAGUCGAAAAGAUUUUGGAGAGCGACUGGGAGCUCGGUUACAAUGCAAUGACUGAUACUUAUGAGAAUCUGUUGGAAGCUGGAGUGAUCGAUCCUGCAAAAGUGACGAGAUGUGCGCUUCAGAACGCUGCUUCGGUUGCCGGAAUGGUCCUGACCACUCAGGCCAUUGUUGUUGACAAACCUCAACCGAAGGCUCCUGCUGCUGCUCCUCCUCAGGGUCUCAUGGUGUAG